CCCCGCGCUCGAGCAGCUGCCGGAGACGAUCAGCACCUGCCGCUUCGCCCAGCGCGUCGCGAUGAUCCGGCAGGAGGCGCGCGUCAACGAGGAGGUCGACCCACACCUGCUGGUGCGCAAGCUCAAGGCGGAGGUGCAGCAGCUGCGGGACCAGCUCGCGUUCUACGCGAAGGACGGCGGCGGCGGCGCCCCCGACCGUGUGCUCUCAGACGAUGAGAAGCAGCGCUGCGCCGAGAUGGUGCGCCGCUUCGUGGCGGCGACGAACGGCGACGCGCGCAUUGAGGGCUUCGACGGCGACUUGGCCCGCAUCUACUACUGCUUCGAGGUGCUGAAGGGCAUGCUGUCCGACAGCGGGGCAGCCAUAAAUGGCGCAGCCAACGGCCAAAAACAGCAACUCCAACAACAACAACAGCAGCAGCAGGAAGAGGUGGAUGUGUACCGGGCCCGUGUAGAUGCACUAGAGAUGAGUCUGCGGCAGAAGGAGAAUGAGAUGAAUACGCUCUUUGACAUGCUGCAGAAGACGCAGAGGGCACGGUACAAUGCUGAGACGCAGACGGGAAUGGCGGCGGACGCAUCGUGCAGCCGCACCAUUGCUGCCGCUGCUGCUGCUGCUUCUCCCACUGGCGUUUUUGCACCGCAGAUGUCGUCGCCGUCGCAGCGAGGCUCUGCGUCCUUCACCUCAUCUCCAUUAGUAGCCGGGUUGCCCACCGCAAACACGGCCUAUGCGGCAGCGGGGGAUGCGCCGCAACACCACCACUCGCUGAUGACCCGACGCGUUUUGGACGAGCGACUGGGGCCCGCGGAGGCGACCGCCGUCGGUGAGUUCUUCCGCAAGCAGGAGCAGCUCAAUGAGGUGUACGACCUCUCCGCCCUCACCGACGCAGAGCUGCUGCAAGACCGCGCCACCGCCUUCGAGGCGUUCAGUCGCUCCUACCGCCAGUGUGCACAGGUGGAGGAGAACAAGCGGGAGCUGAAGGGCCGCUACGAGGCGUGCAAGGCCACAGCGCGGCAACUCAACGGCGCGGUGGACAGCAUCAAGCACAUCAAGGCACACAUCCAGCGUCUGCGCGCGGAGCGGGCGCUGCAGGGCGUUGAGGAGGUCGACGAGGCGGAGCGCGCCGCUCUGGAGGAGUUGACGUCGCAGAAGGCGUCGUACAACGAGCUGGCGGAGUCACUGCGGCGGCAGAAGGAGGAGAUUGACGCCAUGCAUCUCUUCAUGAAGCGCGCGCAGGAGCAGCUAACGAAGGACUUCGAGGAUUGGCUGCAGAUACGCCAGAAGCAGCUCGCCCGGGCAAUAGGUGGUGGCGGCAGCAACGCGACCACCACAAACACUGCCGCCAAAAACAACAAUAGUAACGGCAUUGCCCUCAAUGGUGGUGGGGUUGAAAGCAGCAGACAGGCCACAGCGGCCACCGCGCCGAGUUCCGCGCUGCUACCACCGCGAUCGAGUCACCUCUUCGAGCAGCAGCAACGGCUAAACAUGACGACGCCAGGGGCAAUGGCGGAGCUGCCGCCCCUGCGGGAGGAGAGCGGCAUCUCCGCACGCACGUGGGGCGGCAGCAGCAGCAGCAGCACCGCAAAUGGUCGGAUACUUGGAAGCAAUGGGCUUAGUAGUAGUGUCGGUGGCGGGGGCAACAAUGUGAGCAGCAGCAACCGCAGCGUGCUGGUGAAUACCGUGGAGCGCGUGCCGCCGCACCCGUCGACCGCGCCGCCGACAACGCUGGCAAUGAC